AUUUCGAUUUGUUGAAGGAAACAAAGUGUACUGAAAUCCAAAGAUUACUAUCAAAGAAAACAGUAUGGGCUCCAUGAAUUCAAACAACUGGCUCUCCUUUCCUCUCUCGCCUACCCAUUCUUCUUUACCACCACAACUUCAUACAUCUCAGUCCCAUCAGUUCAAUAUAGGGUUAGUGAAUGAAAACAUGGACAACCCAUUUCAAGGUCAAGAAUGGAAUCUGAUUAAUACUCAUGGAAGUGGUGAAGUUCCAAAGGUUGCAGAUUUUCUUGGUGUUAGCAAAUCUGAGAAUCAGUCAGAUCUUGUGGCGUUCAAUGAAAUUCAAGCAAACGAAUCGGAUUAUCUCUUUCAAAACAACAGCUUAGUGCCUGUGCAAAACACCAUUGCAGCCGCCUCUGGUAACUAUGAGUUUCCAGAAAAUGCUAACAAUUUGCAGUCUUUGACAUUGUCCAUGGGAAGUGGCAAGGGUUCAACUUGUGAAACCAGUGGUGAAAACAGUACUAACACCGUCGAAGCUACCCCAAGACGAACUCUUGACACUUUUGGCCAACGAACUUCAAUAUAUCGAGGCGUAACAAGGCAUAGAUGGACAGGAAGAUAUGAAGCCCAUCUUUGGGAUAAUAGUUGUAGAAGAGAAGGGCAAUCAAGGAAAGGACGACAAGUAUACUUAGGUGGGUAUGACAAAGAAGAAAAGGCAGCUAGGGCUUAUGAUCUAGCUGCAUUGAAAUACUGGGGAACGUCCACUACUACCAAUUUUCCAAUUAGUAACUACGAGAAGGAAUUGGAAGAGAUGAAACACAUGACUAGACAAGAAUUUGUGGCCUCUAUUAGAAGAAAGAGUAGUGGUUUUUCGAGGGGUGCUUCCAUGUAUCGUGGAGUUACAAGGCAUCACCAGCAUGGAAGAUGGCAAGCAAGGAUUGGGAGAGUUGCAGGAAACAAAGAUCUUUACUUGGGAACUUUCAGUACGGAGGAGGAAGCUGCAGAAGCUUAUGACAUUGCAGCGAUAAAGUUCAGAGGCUUAAAUGCAGUCACCAAUUUUGACAUGAACCGUUAUGAUGUAAAAGCCAUACUCGAAAGCAACACUCUACCGAUCGGAGGAGGUGCGGCGAAACGGUUAAAAGAGGCGCAAGCUCUUGAAUCUUCAAGACGUCGUGAAGAAAUGAUAGCCCUCGGUUCAACUUUCCAAUACGGAAGCUCCAGCUCGAGCAGGCUACAAGCAUAUCCAUUAAUGCAAACCCCAUUUGACCAAAGUCCUCAACCUUUACUUUCCUUACAAAAUCAAGACAUUUCUCAUUACACUCAGGACCCUUCGUUUCACCAAACUUACAUUCAAACCCAGCUGCAAUUGCACCAGCAACCUGCAGGGUCCUAUAACUUACACCCGUCGAGCCAGAGCUCUCAUUUUUACAACAGUUAUCUUCAAAACAACCCGGCUUUGCUUCAUGGGAUGGUCAACAUGGGUUCUAAUUCUUCUUCAGUGCUUGACAAUAAUGGAAGUUCUAGUGGGAGUUACAGUGGAGGGUAUCUCGGCAACGGCAUUAAUGGGGUGAAUGGUGUUGGAUCUGCCGAAGAACUGCCCCUUGUAAAGGUGGAUUAUGAUAUGCCAGCGGGUGGAUAUGGAAACUGGACGGGGGAUUCAGUUCAGGGGACAAAUGGAGGAGUUUUUACAAUGUGGAAUGACUGACUGAAAAUGAAAAUGUUUUGAGAAAACAGACACAAUUUACUAUGCUUUUUUCUUUCAUGUUGCAAGCAAAUAUAUUAGGAUUUUUAAUGGGAAACUAUAGAGAUGUAGGUCUACUUUGAUUAGAAGAAGAAGCCCUAGUUUUCAUUGGUGGUUGUAUUUUUUUAUGAUUAAUUGUUGGUGGUGAGGGUUAGGGCUCUUACGAUGGAAGAGUUGACCAAAAAUCAGAUUCAAGGGUCUUAAUAGGACCCAAAUUU